GGCUGUGUCUAACUUGACGCAUCGUUCUGGAUCACAGCAUCCACCGUCAUCUAAGGGUUAGAGCGGCGAGAGGAGGCUGAGCAUCUGUUCGUUCUAGUUGAGGCGGAGUGUGGUCGUCAUCAUGGGGGAACUGUUCAGAAGUGAGGAGAUGACGCUGGCGCAGCUCUUUCUCCAAUCUGAGGCAGCGUACUGCUGCGUCAGCGAGCUGGGAGAACUGGGCAUGGUCCAGUUCAGAGACCUGAAUCCAGAUGUAAAUGUGUUCCAACGCAAGUUUGUGAAUGAAGUGAGGAGGUGUGAGGAGAUGGACAGAAAACUGAGGUUUGUGGAGAAGGAGAUCAAAAAGGCCACCAUCCCUACUGUGGACACAGGUGAAAAUCCAGAGGUGCCUUUUCCCAGAGACAUGAUCGAUCUAGAGGCCACCUUUGAGAAGCUGGAGAACGAACUGAAGGAGAUCAACACCAACCAGGAAGCCCUGAAGAAGAACUUCCUGGAGCUGACGGAGCUUAAACACAUCCUCCGCCGAACGCAGCAGUUCUUUGACGAGAUGGAGGAUCCAAACCUGCUAGAGGAGUCAUCGGCACUGAUGGAGGGAAAUGAGGGAGGCCGCGGCGCCCCGCUCAGACUGGGGUUUGUCGCCGGCGUGAUCGGCAGGGAGAGGAUUCCCACCUUUGAGAGGAUGCUGUGGAGGGUGUGUCGUGGUAACGUUUUCCUAAGGAAGGCGGAGAUUGAGGACCCUCUGGAGGAUCCCGCCACGGGAGACCAGGUCCACAAGUCAGUUUUCAUCAUCUUCUUCCAAGGUGACCAGCUGAAGAACAGGGUGAAGAAGAUCUGUGAGGGGUUCCGUGCCUCUCUGUACCCGUGUCCAGAGACCCCACAGGAGAGAAAGGAGAUGCUGGCCGGAGUCAACAGUCGUAUCGAUGACCUCCAGAUGGUGCUGAACCAAACAGAAGACCACCGCCAGCGAGUGCUGCAGGCCGCCUCCAAGACCAUGCGUGUUUGGUUCAUCAAGGUGAGAAAGAUGAAGGCCAUUUACCACACGCUCAACCUCUGCAACAUCGACGUCACUCAGAAGUGUCUGAUCGCUGAGGUGUGGUGUCCCGUCUCGGACCUGGACUCCAUCCAGUUUGCCCUGCGCAGAGGGACGGAGAGGAGUGGCUCGACGGUGCCAUCUAUCCUCAACAGGAUGCAGACCAAGCAGACUCCGCCCACCUUCAACAAGACCAACAAGUUCACGUCUGGCUUCCAGAACAUCGUUGAUGCCUAUGGCAUCGGGAACUACCGGGAGAUCAAUCCAGCUCCCUACACCAUCAUUACUUUCCCGUUCCUGUUUGCCGUCAUGUUUGGUGACAUGGGUCACGGUGCGCUGAUGACCUGUGCUGCCCUCUACCUGGUCAUCAGAGAGAGUCGCCUCCUUGCCCAGAAGAGUGACAAUGAGAUGUUUAACAUGGUUUUCGCUGGCCGCUACAUCAUCCUUCUGAUGGGGAUCUUCUCCAUCUACACUGGCAUCAUUUACAACGACUGCUUCUCCAAGUCUCUGAAUAUGUUUGGCUCAGGAUGGAGUGUCAGACCCAUGUUUGGACCCAAAGGAGCUAACUGGACAAUGGAGACUCUUGAUGGAAAUGCAGUUCUUCAGUUGGACCCAGCUGUCCCUGGAGUCUUCAACGGGCCUUAUCCACUCGGAAUUGACCCGAUCUGGAACGUCGCUUCCAACAAGCUGACGUUCCUCAACUCCUUCAAGAUGAAGAUGUCUGUGAUCCUGGGCGUCAUCCACAUGCUGUUUGGAGUGUCUCUCAGUCUCUUCAACCACCUGUACUUCAAGAAGCCGCUAAACAUCUUCCUGGGCUUCAUCCCAGAGAUCGUCUUCAUGUUCACCCUCUUCGGCUACCUUGUCCUGCUGGUCUUCUACAAGUGGACAGCUUAUGAUGCCACCACCUCUAAAGAUGCUCCAAGCCUGCUCAUCCACUUCAUCAACAUGUGUCUCUUCAACUAUAAUGACCCCAGCAGCAAGCCCCUGUACAGGGGACAGAUGGGGAUCCAGGUUUUGUUGGUGCUGAUUGCCCUUGCAUGUGUACCCUGUAUGCUGGUUGUGAAAACUCUGGUGCUUCGGCGUCAGCACUUGUGGAAGAAGCACCUGUCCCAGAAGAGGGAAGAAACCCCUGCAGAGAAUCUAGAGCAGUCUUUAGAGCAAACAGGCGUGUCCUCAUCAUGCACCGGACUCACCCAACAGGGCACACAGAAGUUCGGAGGUGUCCGGGUGGGUAACGGGCCCACGGAGGACGAGGCUGGCAUCAUGGACCACGACCACCUCUCCCAGCACUCGGAGGAAGGAGAAGAGCACGCAGAGGAAGAGCCGUUUGAUUUUGGUGAUGUAGCUGUCCACCAGGCCAUCCAUACUAUAGAAUACUGCCUGGGUUGCAUCUCCAACACGGCUUCCUAUCUGCGCCUGUGGGCCCUCAGUCUGGCUCAUGCACAGCUAUCAGAGGUGCUUUGGUCCAUGGUCAUGCACCUGGGCCUGUCGACCCGGAGCGGUGGCGGCUUCUUUGGCUUGACCAUCAUCUUCUCUGCCUUUGCCACCCUCACUGUCGCCAUCCUGCUCAUCAUGGAGGGGCUGUCGGCGUUCCUGCAUGCCCUGCGUCUUCACUGGGUGGAGUUUCAGAACAAGUUCUACACAGGUCAGGGCUUCAAGUUUGUUCCCUUCUCCUUCGAGAGCAUCCUGGAAGGACGAUUCGACGAGUGAGAUCUCAGACCACGACACUUCCUUCUCCCAGCAUGAAGCUGCAGAGUCUCCAACUGGGCCCUUUGUUUUGCGUGUGACUGUGUGUGUGUAUGAACCCAUUUGUAGCCCUUUGACACCCUCUAGUGGUCAUUUGUGAAACCUGUGUAAAUUGCUGUGACGUCAUUGUAAUCCUCAAAAAGAGGCUUUUCCCCCAAACAAAAAGAGUUAUUAUUCAGAAGAUGCUAUAUCACGUAUCCUAUUUUUUAAAUUACCAGGCAUUUAAAACUAUUAAAAUAAAGAUGAAUUAUCUAUUUAUUUAUUUAUGUACAACUCUUCAUGUUUUUGGUCACAAAUGUUGACAAUUGUCAAAAAGUCACAGCUAAAGAUCUCAGAAUUGACCAAAUAUAAUGUCCUCAAAAUCUCAGUUCUUCAUUUAUCUACCAUACAGUGGCUACAAUGGCAUGAAAUGACAUAAAAGCAGAGAUGUAAAGACCAAAAUGUGUUAACAAGGAAUGUGAUUCUCCUAAAGUUUGAUGUGCAUAUCCAGAAAAAAGAAAUCAACUCGUUUAACUGGAUGUAUUACACUCUGACCAUGACGUAGUGUUGUGCUGUGACCUGUGGCCUCUCUCUGUGCACAUUCAAUAUUGUGAAACACUUAAAGAACUGAAUUGAUGCAUAUAAUGUCUGAAGGUUUAAAGUAAGUGUGAUCAAAGUUGUCUCUCAAAUAACUUAACAUGGGCUGCCAAAAUAAAUAAUGCAACUGAUGUUGAUUGGUGACAUGGGUGGUAAUGUGUUUGUCGUCUAAAAUAAAUGGAUACUUGGGAGUAA